UUUUUUUUUGACCGUUCUUUAUACUUAAAUUAAAAAUACAAAUAUGGAAGGAAUAUAGAUAGAGAAAAUGUUAGAAAUGGCACCCAAGCGGCCAAGCCCAUGAAGGAACCAACAAAGUUUCAAGGCGGCGCGGCGAGGCGGUGCGGCGGCAGCUACUAAAUGGCUCGUCUCUUCACUUCCCUUCCAAACCCUACCUACUUCUCCACUUCUUCUUCUUCUUCUCACCAAUACUCUUCACACUUCCACUCACAACUCAAAUUCCAAUUCAAACCUUCUUCCCCAAAAUCAAUGCAUAACAUAAUGAAUAAACCAGUUACGAAACUCAAAGCAUUGAACGAAGGUGUACACUCUGGAACCAUUGAAGAAGGAGAUGAACAAUUCAUUCGUUCCUUUCGUGAAGCUUGGCCUUACCUUUGGGCUUAUCGUGGAAGCACUUUUGUUGUCAUCAUUUCUGGUGAAAUUGUCGCUAGUCACUUCGAUCAAAUUCUCAAGGAUAUAGCUUUUCUUCAUCACCUUGGAAUUCGGUUUGUUCUUGUUCCUGGUACACAUGUGCAAAUUGACAAGCUUUUGAAAGAUAGAGGGAGUGAGCCUAAGUAUGUUGGGAGAUAUAGAAUAACUGACAGAGAAUCUCUAGAAGCUGCAAUGGAAGCGGCAGGAGGAAUAAGAAUAAUGAUGGAAGCUAAACUUUCACCUGGACCUUCCAUAUGCAAUAUUCGUAGACAUGGUGAUAAUAGCCGGUGGCAUGAUGUUGGUGUCAGUGUUGCGAGUGGUAACUAUCUUGCAGCCAAGAGAAGAGGGGUGGUCGGCGGAAUUGAUUAUGGGUCAACUGGGGAAGUUAAAAAAGUAGACGUAACUCGCAUGCGUGAGAGACUUGAUGCUGGUUGUAUAGUUAUUUUAACCAACUUGGGCUACUCCAGCUCUGGAGAAGUAUUGAAUUGCAACACUUAUGAAGUUGCCACAGCUUGUGCCUUGGCUUUUGGGGCAGACAAGUUAAUAUGCAUUAUAGAUGGUCCAAUACUGGAUGAGAAUGGACGCCUAAUUCGCUUCUUGCCUCUUGAAGAAGCAGACAUGUUAAUUCGUAAACGAGCUGAGCAAAGUGAAACGGCUGCUAACUAUGUGAAAGCUGUUGACGAAGAAGGUUUUAAUCCUGUUGAGCAUAACAAUAUUAACGGAACAGUCAAAUCUCCACCUAAUGGUAACCGCAUUACAGAAUGGCAUAAUGCAACUUUCCACAAUGGUGUUGGUUUUGAGAACGGAGAUGGCUUAGGGAAUUGCGAGCAAGGCUUUGCUAUUGGAGGUCAAGAACGGCUAAGUCGAAUGAAUGGUUACCUGUCAGAAUUGGCUGCUGCAGCCUUUGUUUGCAGAGGUGGAGUUCAAAGAGUACAUUUGUUGGAUGGCACUAUUAGCGGAGUUUUAUUGUUGGAAUUGUUUAAAAGAGAUGGGAUGGGAACAAUGGUUGCUAGUGACCUUUAUGAAGGCACUCGAGAGGCAGAGGAAAAAGAUCUUUCUGGAAUAAAACAAAUUAUUGAGCCUUUGGAGGCAUAUGGCAUACUGGUUAAGCGGACUGAUGAAGAGCUGCUACAAACUUUGAAGAAUUUCGUUGUUGUGGAAAGAGAAGGUCAAAUAAUUGCCUGUGGUGCCCUUAUUCCUUACUUUGAGGAGAAGUCUGGAGAGGUUGCUGCUAUUGCAGUAUCUCCUGAGUGUCGUGGCCAAGGACAGGGAGACAAAUUGCUUGAUUAUAUGGAGAAGAAAGCAGCAUCUCUUGGAUUGAAUAAGCUUUUCCUACUUACAACACGUACAGCAGAUUGGUUUGUGAGGCGUGGAUUUUCGGAAUGUUCAAUUGAUAAUAUUCCUGAAAAGAAAAAGAAAACAAUCAACCUGUCCCGCAAUUCUAAGUAUUAUAUGAAGAAGCUUCUACCAAAUAAGAGUGGAAUUACUGUUGGUGGAAACAAUUUUAAGUAUUAACCUUUGAUUCUUAAGUUUUAGUAUAGUUUCAAACUACUCUUUAGUAUAAAACAUUGAUUAUAGAACCGUAAGUCUGUAACUAUAUCAAUUCAAACUCCUUAGGAUUUUUAUUUAAUCCAAUUCAAAAAAAUAUAUUCUAUUCUAUUUCCAUUUUAAGAAGUAUUGUAAAUCUAUUGUCAGUAUUUUUAAUUUAUACUUUUUUAGUA